CCCUUCCCGCCACGCCGGCGCUCGCCAUGGCCGCGCCGCCCCGCGCGCCGCUGCUGCCGCUCGCGCUCUGCCUGGCGCUCGCCGCGCUCGCGUCGGCGUCCGGGGCUCCGGGCGCGCGCCGGCGAGGCCCCGCGGUGACGGCCAAGGUCUUCUUCGAUGUGAUGAUUGGCAACAAAGAUGUGGGCAGGAUUGUGAUUGGCCUCUUUGGAAAAGUUGUGCCCAAGACUGUGGAAAAUUUUGUCGUUUUGGCAACAGGAGAGAAAGGGUAUGGAUAUAAGGGAAGUACCUUCCAUCGCGUCAUCAAGGACUUCAUGAUCCAAGGAGGGGACUUCACCGCUGGAGACGGCACAGGCGGCGUGAGCAUUUAUGGCGAGACUUUUCCCGAUGAGAACUUCAAGCUGAAGCAUUAUGGGAUUGGAUGGGUCAGCAUGGCCAACGCCGGGCCAGACACCAACGGCUCCCAGUUCUUCAUCACACUCACCAAGCCCUCGUGGCUGGACGGCAAGCACGUGGUGUUUGGAAGAGUUCUCGACGGCAUGACGGUGGUCCACUCCAUAGAAUUGCAAGCAACGGACGGGCAUGACCGCCCGCUCACCAACUGCACCAUUGUCAACAGCGGCAAGAUAGACGUCAGGACGCCCUUUGUGGUGGAGGUUGACGACUGGUGAUGGCCCGCGGGAAUGAGAGACACUCCGGCGGGGGCCUUCGUCUGUGCGUGCUAGUGUGUCUGAGCAUGCGUGCCUGCUAACCCUUGGCCGUCUUGACUCUCCAGUGUCUGAAAGUUUUGCUUUGCUCUAUCAUGCUCUUGUAAUUUCCCACUCUUUACCACAGAAAAAAAUAUUGUAAAAGCCCACCAUUCAGUUGGGUGCUGGUGGCUCAGGCCUGUCAUCCUAGCCACUCAGGAGGCUGAGAUCUGAGGAUUGUGAUUGGAAGCCAGCCGGGCCAGGAACAUCCAGGAGACUCCAAUUAGUCAGCAAAAAAAGCCUGGUAGUUCCAGCCUUGAGCAAAAAGGUUGAGCCAGCACCCAGGUCCCGAGUUCAAGCUUUUCUACCAGCACAAAAAGCAACAGCAAAACUCACUCCUGCUUACUUUGUAUGACCUGUUCAGAGUCUUUGAACUGCAAGAAUAUAUGAUCUUCCUCCAAUGGUGCUAUUUUAAAUUAGAAACACUGUAUUGGCUCUUUAAAGAACA